AUGGCGACUACUAAAGAUCCAAUCAACGCAUUAUCCUACGUCGCCAACGAGGCACAAUCACUCCCGGAAAAGAAUGCCGAUUCAACGACUCAGGCAGCAUCAGACCAUGACGAGGAGUCUAUCAGAGUCAGCCCAGAGUUCGAAAAGAAGUUAUUAAGAAAGAUCGACUUCUGGCUUGUGGGAUUCUACUCCCUUGUCUACGUAUUUCGAGUCAUCGACAGCGCCAACUACUCCAAUGCCGCAAUCAUCAACCUCGAAGCGGGCACGGGCAUCAAGAAACAACUCGGCUUCACACCUUCGCAAUGGGCCUGGACACUUUCCAUCUUCUCAUACAGCUAUCUCAUCUUUGAACCUACCAACACAAUUCUCUUGAAGCUGUUCAAGCCGUCGAGAUGGAUGUUCAUACUAAUUAUGGCGUGGGGUAUCUCAGCAUGCUGCUCCGCCGCAGCGACGAACUUCGCGGGUAUGAUGUGUGUGCGAUUCGCGAUCGGAGCGGCGGAGGCGGGCUUCUUUCCGUCGGUGCUGUUCCAUUAUGCAUUCUGGUACAAGCCCCAGGAGAUGCCCCUUCGCAUAGCAUUCUUCUACUCCGUCGGUCAAGUUUCCAGCGCGCUGUCGGGCUUACUUGCGUAUGCUAUCUCCUACAUGGACCAGCUUGGAGGUGUAUCAGGUUGGAGAUGGUUAUUCAUCCUUGAAGGUUUACCCGCCAUCAUUCUAGCGUUCGUUGCGUUUUGGCUGCCUGACUAUCCCGAGUCUGCGAAGAUUCUGAACGAGGAAGAACGGCUGUACAUGAAGCAGAGACUGGCAAGCACAGCACCCAAGGGCGAAAAGCAUUGGGACUUCAAGUCAUUGAAAAUCAUGGCGAAGAAUCCAACCCUGUACACGUUCAGCUUGUACUGGAUAUGCCAUGGCAUCGGAGGAUUUGGAGUUGGAUUUGCUCUGCCAACGGUGAUUUACCAGUUGGGAUUUACGACGACCGCAUAUUCACAGUUGAUGAACAUCCCGCCAUACGUUUCAGCGUUUCUUCUUCUUAACACAUUGGGCUUCAUGCUGCAAAGAAAGUGGAUCAGACCUUGGGCAACAGCCGUAGGGAUCGAAUCAACAAUCAUUGUAUGCUACAUCAUACUCCUCUUUGUCGACAAUCCGGUUGUUCGGUACCUCUGUCUGAUCGUAUCUGUGGCAUGCGCCGGCUGUGCGUACCCAGUCAUAUGGCCAGAACGGAUCAGAGCCCUUGAGGGAACAGUGGCAUCAGGAAUCGGCAUUGGACUGACCAAUGCCUGUGCGCAAUUUGGUGGUAUCGUGGGCCCUCAUGUCUUCAGUACGGUGUUUGGGCCUAGAUAUCGAGCGUCGUAUGCCGUCAAUCUCUCGGUUCUUGUGGUUGGCAUCUGCUCAAUCCUCACCAGCUGGUGGCUUGUUGUUAGGAAAGACCGUAAACACCUGCAGGCGGUUUAG